CUACACUUGCACACUUCCACCACAGACUGACUACACGUCGUUGUUGUACGGACGAGGACGGAGGGAAAGAAGGAGAGAAGCCGUUUCUCGUUGUUGUUAAGGGAGCUGGCAAAAUCUGCGUGGACCGGCAUUCGUCAUCACUGGCCGUCCUCUUGUCCGCCUUGAUCUUGUCCCUAGUGCUGGGCCAGUCCUUCCUGGCCCGCUCACUCGCUCGCUGGACCGCCGUCCCGCUCUUGAAUCGGGUUCAGUCGGUGUUGUAGAAUCAUGAGGAGCGAGUGGCCGUCUGUUCCCCGUGUCCAUGGUGUGUGUUUCCCUACCUCAAAAGGCUCUACUGAUUCACUGAAAAUUACUCUUUGUUGUUGUUGAGGGUCCAGUCAUGAAUGAAAGAGUGAAUCCGGACAACAAAGUUGUAAUUGGAGUUCAAGUGAAAUCGAACCAUCAAAAGUGAGUGUGAGGCAUGUUUAGUAGGCAAGAAGCCAAGUGAAAGAGCGCCUUGCCGUGCGUUGGCGCAAGAUGAGGUUGGCUUAGGCUAAAAGUUCCUCAAGAUUGUCUCCGUAGAGUCGUUGUGCUACAAAGGAAUGUGCUCUGCGGGUUAUUUACUUCAGCCCCGUGUGGGUCGGAGACAGUCUAAUUGUCAGAGAACCAAAUACGCCCCUUCGCCGGGUGGGUGGGUGACGAAGAUGUUGGUGUUCCUAGUGCUUUUCUCUUUCGUGGCGAGCUCAUCAGAGUCUGGAGUCACUCCUUCCUCAAGAAGUGACCGCUUACGCACAUCAGUAUCUAAAUCGUAUCCGUUUUCCACGAAAUCCAGCCCAAAAUUCAUUCAGAACCAAAAACCCUCCGCUGACAUGGCCGACGUCGAGGACGAGGCUGUAGAGCGAAUCAAACCCUUCAAAUUCACUCAGUCCAGCUACUCCGGUUCCAUCCCAGAAAAUAGUCCGGGCAAGGUUCAUGUUGUGCCGGAUUCCAAGAUGGGUUUAUAUGUCAACCAGACUCUCUUCGGUCCUGGAGGUCCGUACACAAUGCGGUUCCGCAUCAAGGCCGGCGACCCUGAGGACUUCUUCAAGGCUGAAGCCGAGUUAGUGGGAGAUUUCAUUUUCCUUAUUGUCAGAACUAGGACCUCCAACCUGAACGUGCUCAACCGGGAGCGCACAACCAACUACGAGCUGGACAUUCGUGCCAGAGUGAGGGAAGCUCGAGGGGCCAAGGGAGCGAAAAGGCCACAUGGAAAUCGAAUCAAGGGAUUCCCUGACCCCAAAACCAUACUCAGGGUCACCGUGGUUGACACGAAUGAUCUCAACCCGUUCUUCCAGCCUCCUAUAUACACGUUCUCGGUUCCGGAAGACACCCCUCUGCACACGAGCAUCGGCCAAGUGCGUGCUGAAGAUGCCGACGACGGGAUCAAUGGGGAGAUCUACUAUAGCAUCCUAGGCAGCUACCUUCCUUCAAUUUUUGCGGUGGACCCAAUCACGGGCAUAUUGUCACUCACUCGGCCUCUUUCCUUCAAAGAGGAACCCACCCAUAGACAGACUAUUGUAGCUCAAGAUCGCGGUGCCAAGCCCACUUACGCUUCCGGUCAGGCUGAUACUGCUGCUGUGACUGUUCAUGUGGAACAAGUGAAUCUCCAUGAUCCGGUUAUGCAAAUACAGCACUUGCCCGAAUUGAUCGAGCAAUCCAAUGCAGAUAUCUACGCGAUAAUCCGCAUCACCGAUCCAGAUCCAGAUCGACAUGGUGAAGUUGAAUCUGUAGAGAUCAUCGAAGGUGACACUGACGCCCAUUUCCGGAUUCGACCCUCAAAUGACGACAAGAAAGAGUUCAAUAUUGAAGUGCUUCAGCUGCUCGAUCGAGAGAUUGCACCGUAUGGCUAUAACCUGACCAUUAAGGCUGUGGAUCGGGGAAUACCGCCACGGAUUUACUACCAGAAUACCCAUGUUCAAUUAGCCGAUCUAAAUGAUCAUGCCCCCGUCUUCGACCACGAAGUGUAUGAAGUGAAAGUGAAAGAAAAUGCCCCCAUUAAUACCCCUCUUGUGCGCUUGAAAGUGUCGGAUGAGGACUCGGGUAGAAACGCCCGGGUCAAGUUGAAUAUUGCUGCGGGAAACGAGAACAAACAAUUUCGGAUCGAUCCCAAGAGUGGGGUUUUGUUUGUGGCCCAACCACUGGAUGCAGAAACACGAUCCUCGUAUACGCUCUCGGUGUCUGCUUUCGACGAUGCCAGUGCGGGUAUGAGGAAGCAGAGCGCGGCCAAAGUGAGAGUCCUGGUUGAGGACGUCAACGAUAAUGACCCCAUGUUUGAAUCGAGCGAAAAGGUCAUCUUUUUCAACGAAAACGAGCAACCUGGCACACGAGUCAUGCGCCUCAACGCUAUGGAUGCCGAUUCGGGAGAGAAUGGAUACAUCUCAUAUAGCAUAGCCAAUUUAAACGAGGUUCCGUUCGAGAUCGAUCACUUCACGGGGAUCAUCAAGUCCAAGUGGUUGAUUGAUUUCGAGUCCGAUCAACACGAGUACCGCUUAGUGGUUCGAGCCAGUGACUGGGGCACCCCGUAUCGACGACAAGCUGAGCUGCGAUUGACCAUUCGGAUUCGCGACAUCAACGACAACCGUCCCCAAUUCGAGCGCAUGGGCUGUGUGGGAGAGAUCGCUCGAGACGUGGGCGUUGGAACCGAAUUGAUCACCCUAUCGGCGCUCGACUUCGAUGCUGGCAAUCUGAUCUCGUAUCGAAUCGUGUCCGGAAAUGCCGAUGGCUGCUUCGGUCUGGACCAGAACACGGGGGUCAUAUCCGUGGUCUGUGAUCUUCGGACCCUGCCCAUGAGAGAACGCGUUCUCAAUGUGACUGCCACUGAUGGGCAGCACUUCUCAGACGUCACUCCAGUCAUCAUUAAGUUAACUUCAGAAUCUUCUGGCAGAAAAGGGAGUCGAAAAGGCUAUUCCUCCGUGUUCAGUGCGAUUGGAACGGAUGACUCAUUGUUCGCUUGUGAAGAAACGGACGUUGCCAAGCGACUGACCGACACACUGGCCCUGGUAGCCAGAAACAAUCAGAUCGAUUCAACCAACGAGGAUGUGUUCCAAGCGAGUGGAGCUCGAUUCAUGCGCGGUCAGAAUGUCCACCAACCCGAGUUUGAUGUGCAGCAAAUGCCUCGUGAGAUCAAAGUCAACGAAACGAUGCCCUCGGGGAGCAUUCUUCUGAAGGUGGUAGCCCGAGAUCGAGAUUUUGGCUUCAGCGGUGCCCUUCUGUACGUGAUAUCAGAUGGAGACGUGGACUCAGUGUUCAAGAUUGACACCCAGACUGGCGACCUCCGAAUCGAUGGCUAUCUCGACCGAGAGCGUACCUCCGACUACAUGCUCAACAUCACCGUCUUUGACCAAGGGGUCCCGCAAAAAUCUGCCUCCAGACUACUGCACAUCAUAGUGGAAGAUUGUAAUGACAACGCCCCACAAUUCUUCAAGUCCACGUUCUCGUUCUUUUUCCCCGAAAACACUCGCAAAGGAACCCCUGUCGUGACCCUCAACGCCACCGACCGGGAUGUAGGUCUCAAUGGGAAGGUGAUCUACCAUUUAGACACAGAGACCGAAGCCUUUUCAUUGAACCCUCUAACUGGGAUGCUGGUGGUGUCCGAAGCCUUAGAUCGGGAAGAAAAAGAGUUCUACGACCUCAGGAUCCGUGCCACAGACAGCAGUUUGACUAACCCGCUCUCCUCGAGUGCCAUGGUCAGAGUGAGAGUCUUGGAUGUGAAUGAUGUGCCUCCCCAAUUUACAGCGAAAAAAUACACCGUUAAGGUGAGAGAAGAUCUGCCCAUAGGGGCGGUGGUGGGGAUGGUGGACGCUUUCGAUCCCGACCUGUAUCAAGGGGGUAAAAUUAGAUUCUCCCUCGAGGGGAGCCUCUCCCCCAGUUCUCCAACGACUCCCGUGGAGUUUUCGAUUGAUGAAAUUUCUGGCACCGUGCGGGUGAAAUCUAAAUUGGAUUACGAGUUCAAACAACUCUACAAUCUCACGGUGAAAGCCCGAGACGAAGGCUCACCCUCCUUGUCCUCGUUGUGUACGUUCAUCAUCGAAAUACUCGACGUCAACGAAAACCUUUUUCCUCCUCGAUUUGACAGCCUCUUCCUUCGAACUGCCAUUCCUGAAGAUAAACCGAUUGGCACACAUGUGGCCACAGUGAGUGCCAGAGACUUUGAUGCCAAAGAUUCCGAUGACAGUCGUAUCGCUUAUUCGAUUCGCGAAGGCGACGGUUUGGGCACGUUUUUCAUUGAUAACAGAGGCAAUAUCAAGACUCUUGCGGUUCUGGAUCGAGAGACCAAGUCCCAUUACUGGGUAACAAUCUAUGCCCAAGAUUUUGGCGCAGUGCCCUUGUCCUCCAAGUUAUAUGUGUACAUUGAAGUGCUUAAUGUCAAUGAUAACAUCCCUUUGACUCGAGAGCCUUUGUAUCGACCGAGCAUCCCGGAGAAUGCCAAACCGUUCUCUCAUGUGGUCACAUUGGAGGCUGAGGAUGCAGAUGACGACCCUGACAGUGUUCAAACGUUGACUUAUGAGAUUAUUACCGGGAACCCACAAUCUCUCUUUCAUAUGGAUUCCAACACGGGUAUCAUGAGCACCACCAAACGACUCCUGGAUCGAGAGGUUCAAGCCGAGCACGUCUUGGAGGUGAGGAUUUCGGAUAAUGGUAAACCCGCUUUGAACUCAACGACUAAAGUGAUUGUGACGGUCACGGACGUCAAUGAUAAUCAGCCCGAGUUCCUGGAGAGAGUGUACAAAGUCCAACUGCCAGAAACCAUUGUUCACCCACAAAGUCAUCGGCUUCAGAAUGACCAGGAAACGAGUGGGGAAGAUGACGGACUCGGUUUAAAUAACAAAGACGAUGUACUAGCCAACGGAAGGGAGAAAUUCGAACGAGAAAACCAACAAUGGGAAGAACAAUUUGGAAACACCACUUGGGAGGCAUUCAAUGAAAAGAGUUUCGCCCUCGCCACCCACAAAAAGCCUCUGUUUCGAAGCAUGGCCUUAGACCGCGAUGAAGGGGAUAAUGGACGUCUCUCUUUCUCUUUGAAGGCUGGUCCGGCCAAGGGAAAAGUUCAGAUUGACUCUCUUACCGGUGUGAUCUAUGCCAUCAAUGAUUUACGAGCUAGGGAAGAGUACGAUAUCCUCGUAAAGGCCACUGAUCACGGAGCAUCCCCUCGAUCAGCCUUGUCCAGGGUUUCCAUCCAAAUCCAGCCCAUGGCUGAAUCUCAUUCCAAAUUUGCCCCCAAAAUCCAAAAUACCCGACCAGCGCAAGUGUUUGAGACCGAUGAGGUGGGCCAUUUAGUGGCCCUCAUACAAGCUGAGGAUCAAGAUGUUGGGGAUCAGCUCUGGUAUAGCAUCGUGGAAGGGGAUAAAGAGCUGGACUUCUAUAUUAGCCCGGAUAAAGGCAGCAUCUUGUUGGCUAGAACACUCAAUUGUGCGCGACAACCGUUCUACAAUCUCACGGUGAGUGUCUCCGACGGAAAGUUCGUCUCGUUCACGUACGUGGCCGUGAAGGUAGUUGAAGUGAGUGAAGUGAGGCCUGAAUUUGAGGCCUCCCGAAUCGAGAUCGAUAUCUCGGAGAACGCGGCCAUUGGCUCUGAAGUCACGCGUCUCAAUGUUAGUCAUAGUGCAAGGAAUGGCAAAGUGUUCUUCUCUCUGCAUUCGGCUCAAGACCCGAUGUCUUGGAAUAAGUUCCACGUCCACCCAACUAAUGGAGUGAUCUCAAUCCAAGAAAGGCUCGACCACGAACGCAAUCGAAGGCACGUCCUUACGAUAGCUGUAACAGAUCAGGGCACACUCUCUCCUCGAUCUAAUUAUGCCCGAGUGAUCAUCCAUAUUCAAGACCACAACGACCAUGCACCCACCUUCUUGUCCGAGUUGAUCCAAUCAAAAAUUCACGAGACCGCCGAAUUGGGCACAGAAGUCAUUCAAGUGAUGGCCAUCGACAAUGACCAAGGGGACAAUGGUCGGAUUUCCUAUGCAAUUGCCUCGGGUAAUGUGGGCAAUAGUUUCCUCAUUGACGAGAACCUCGGUUUGAUCUCGGUGGCCAGGCCUUUGAAUAUGUUGGUUGAGAGUGAAUACAUGCUCACAAUUCGUGCCUCGGAUCAUGGAGAGGUGUCCCAAUCGAAUACAGUCCCGGUCCAUAUAUUGGUUACUAUGGCAGAUGAUGCUCCUCCCAGAUUUGAGCGACCGCAUUAUGCCACCGAGGUGUACGAGAAUCAGCCCCGCGGUCAUUUCAUCAUUCAAGUGAGAGCUCGAAGUCGAUCUAGUCUUCGCUACGAUAUCAUCCAAGGCAACGAAGACUCCAUGUUCGUUAUCAACCCAAGCACUGGCAUCGUGAUGACCCAAAGGGAAUUGGACUUUGAAGAGAAACGAUUCUACAAUCUCACCAUCCAAGUGUCCAACACCGUGGGCAUGAAAGAAGCUUGUACCUUGAAUGUACACGUGUUGGAUUUGAAUGAUAACGCACCCCGGUUUGCCCGCAGUUCCUUUGAAGGUCGUGUGAGCGAGUCCGCUUCCACGGGGUCAUUGAUCUUGCUAGAGUCUCACAGUCCCUUGGUUAUUAAGGCCACUGACGCCGACAUGGGCGUCAAUUCACUUCUCUUCUUUGAGAUAAUGGAUGAGACAGCCAAGCGUUAUUUCGCCAUUGAUGAAAGCACGGGAGCCAUUCGAACCAUCAAGAAUCUCGACUUUGAAAAGAAGCCUUGGUAUGAGUUCUACGUUCGCGUCUCAGAUCGAGGCCACCCUCGUUUGGCCUCCCUCUCUCUGGCCAAAGUUCGAAUUAACGUGAUAGAUGAGAACGAUUCGCCACCCGUGUUCAGUCAGAAACAGUACACACAGGUCUUGUUGGUGCCGACGUUCCAAGAUGUAUCCGUGAUACGCGUGAAUGCCUCGGAUCCAGACCAGGGGAUUCAAAGCAAUUUGAGGUACUCGAUCACCGGAGGGGACGAAAAUGGAAGGUUCACAAUAGAUCCUGCCACGGGGCAGGUCCUAGUGGUUAAAGAGAAAGAAGUGGAGGCGUCGUCUAAUUAUGCACUAGAGAUCUCCGUUUCCGAAGGGAAGUACUCGGAUCAGACCGUGGUUAGCAUUAACGUGGAACGUUCAGACAACUCGGGACUGGUGUUUGGGAAAUCCCGCUAUUUUGCCACCGUGCUGGAAAACUCGACCAAGACGGAUGUGAUUGUUGUGGUUACCGUUCUGGGCGCCUCUCUGAAUGAAAACCUCAGAUUCUCACUUCUCAAUCCCACCGACCUGUUCUCCAUUGGCGAAACCUCAGGGGCGAUUCGAACGGUAGGCAAAGCUUUUGACCGCGAACUCAAGGACCUCUAUGAGCUUGUGGUUGAGGUGAGAAGUGUGGACCAAUUAAGAGCCUUGCCUCGUGUGGCUCACGUUAUUGUUGAAGUGAAAGUGCUGGAUAUCAAUGAUAACCCACCCAUGUUCACGAAUCAACCCUAUCAUGCUGUGAUGUCUAAAGAAACCAAGGAGGAUGCCCACAUUUUGCGUGUCAGCGCAGUAGACCAAGAUACUGAUGCCAACGGAGAUAUCUAUUUCCAAUUGGUAAAAGGCAACGGCGAGCUCUUUCGUGUUGGCAGAAAGUCAGGGCAAAUUACAUUAAGAAAACAGCUCGACAACUACAGAAAGGAUUACCGAUUGACAAUAGCGGCUUACGACGGAGGAAGUCCUCCAUUCAGUGCUGAGGUCACGGUCCAUAUCAAAGUCAUUGAUAAAUCCGUUCCAAUCUUCUUGGAACAACUGUACAAGACCAGUGUGCGAGAGGAUGUCGAGAUCUUCUCCCCUUUCUUGAGUGUCCAAGCCGAGAGUCCAAAUGAAGAGGAGGGAAAGUUGAUUUAUACCCUGGAACAAGGGAAUGAGGAAGAGAAAUUCUCGGUGGACCACAACUCGGGAGUUAUAUCUGUUGUUGAGGCUCUAGAUUUUGAAGCAAAGCCCCAUUACCAGCUAACUCUCAGAGCCACGGAUGGUGUGAACGGAGGCUAUGCCGAAGUUAUUAUUCUCUUAGGAGUAGAGGACGUCAACGAUUGCACACCGAAGUUCCAAAGUGACUCCUACGAAGUAAAGAUAUCCGAGGCACUCCCGUUGGGAUCAAAAGUAAUAACUGUCUUUGCCACAGAUGCAGACACCGGUCAGAACCAAGAAAUUGGAUAUUCUCUUCAACCAGAUCGGUCCAACUCUUCUAGGUACUUCAACAUCGACGCCAAGACCGGAGAUAUCUUUCUAAAACGAGCCAUCGAUCAUGAACGAGAUAGCCAGCACAGUUUCACUGUCUUGGCCACAGACAAAGGCCCAAGGCCUCUGACCAGCUCAGCCUUGGUCAAGGUGAUCGUGGACGAUGCUAACGACAACGCACCCACAUUUGAAGAACCCGAGUACAUGUUGCGACUGUCAGAUCGUUCGAAACGAGGUCAAUUUGUGGGUCUAGUUCGAGCCAUUGAUCUGGAUGAAAUCGAUGCAGAUAAGCUCGUCUACUCCAUUAUCGGAGGCAACCAACACCAAGUGUUCUCCAUGGAUGAGCGAACAGGGGUGAUCUCCUUGGUAAACUUGCACAACUUUGAUCAUCAGUCGUUGUAUUCCCUCAAUGUCUCAGUCUCGGAUGGAGUCUAUUCGAAUCGGGCUCGAGUAACGGUCUCCUUGGUGUCUGCUAAUAGUUUCGCCCCCGUUUUCGAACGACCCAUCUACGAGACCAGCUUCCCUGAAAAUACGCCCGAAAUGAUGAGGAUCUACCGAAUUGCAGCCUCUGAUGCAGACAGAGAUGAUCGUAUCACCUACAGCCUUGCCUCUGACGAGCUAUCCAAAGUCUUCAGAGUGGACGCGUCUACUGGCUUUGUUUGGGCUUUGAAAUCAUUCGAUCGGGAAGAACAAGAUACGUAUGAACUACCCAUAGUGGCAACGGAUUCUGCAGGAAUGAAUGGAUUCGCCAAACUCAAAGUGACCAUCACUGACCAAAACGAUAAUAAGCCCAAAUUUGCUCUGUCCGAGUACAAAGUGACAAUUCCUGCCAACUUCUCGGUGGGUUCAGUGGUCACCAAAAUCGAGGGUUGGGACGAUGAAGACAAGGCCAAUGCAGCGCUGUUCUAUUCCAUCUACGAGAAUAAGACCUCCGAGGUGAGCAAGGUGUUCGAGAUCAAUGCCAACACAGGACAAAUCGUUUUAAAGCAGUCUGCCAAAGGGCUCGAGAACCAGAUUUAUCAAUUCUUCGUGCGAGCUGCGGAUCAGGGAGACCGACCUCGCCAUGCGGACGUCCCCAUUGAAGUGUACAUUAUGAGCCCAUUGGACGCUCCCCCUGUGUUUGAAAAACGAGAUAGUGUCUACUACAUUCUCGAGAACAGUCCCAUCGGGCGGGUCGUGGCCCAAAUGAGAGCUCACUCAACCGACCUCGACAGUGUGGUUCGCUACAAAAUGGCGAGUGAGAACUAUCAAGGUGAAGAUUCAUUGUUCCAAGUGGACCAAGAUGGCAGGAUCAUCAUCAAUGGUCACUUGGACCGAGAACUGAAGUCAAAGCAUGGUUUGACCAUUCUGGCCGAAAACGACGCUAGUCCCACUCUGAACUCCUACUACGACCUCACCAUUCAGAUAUUGGACGAAAAUGACAAUGCCCCUAAGUUCCAAUCGCCCAAGUACGAAGUGUCCCUGUUUGAAGCAGUGGAACCUCAUACCUCCGUUAUUCAAGUGCAAGCCACUGAUCUCGAUUAUGGGAACAACGGUGAAAUUCGCUACCGCUUCGCCGAGAAAUCGGAGCAUUUGGCCUCAUUGUUUCACAUCGACCCCAAUGACGGGUGGAUCACUACACAAGGCCGGGUGGAUCACGAAAUAAACACCAGCUACGAACUCGCCAUUGAGGCGUAUGACAACGGAAAACCGAAACAAACAGCGUCCACUCUGGUUCAUCUUGAAGUCAGGGAUGCCAACGACAACCCGACAGUGUUCAGCCAAAGACAUUACAAUGCCGCCGUGAACGAAGGUGCUUUGCCAGGAACGAUCAUUUUCCAGUUGCAAACCGAGGACAAGGAUAGCGAGGCCAAAACCGAGAUCGAGUACUUCAUCAUACAGGGUGACCUUAAAGGCCAAUUCCAGAUCAAGAGAAAUGGCGAAAUGUACGUUUCGCGACGUUUGGACCGAGAAACUAUUUCUUCAUAUCGCUUGGAAGUGGCCAUCACGGAUGGAACUUUUGUUAGCACUUGUCGAGUGAGCAUCGAAAUAUUGGACGACAACGAUUCCCCACCGAUCUGCUCGAAACUUUACUCCAAGGAAACGCUCUUCGAAAACGUAAAUCCAGGCAGCUUUGUCCUCAACAUUGAGGCCCAAGAUGCGGACCAAGGAGCCAAUGCUAAGCAGAUAUUCUACUUGACUGGAGAUGGUGCAGAGUCCUUCGCUCUUGAUCGCGAAACAGGGAUCUUGACCACUGCGUUGCCUAUGGACAGAGAGAACAGAUCCACAUACCAUUUGGAAGCCCAUGACCAAGACGCGAGAAUGCCGGAGUGGGAGUGUCAGACUCAUGUGGAAAUCGUUCUCCUGGAUGUGAAUGACAAUGCCCCUCAAUGGGCCCAACCGGCUUUUUCAGCUUCUCUCAGAGAGGAUAUGCCUGUGGGCACAAUAGCGACCAAGAUCCUGGCCGUAGACUUGGAUGAAGGGGAUAACCGAAAGAUCACUUAUGAAUUGUGGGAUGCUGGGAAGAAGCAUUUCAAAAUCGACCCCAUGUCAGGCAUCGUGAGUCUAACCAAGCCCGUGGACCGCGAAGAGCAAGCCAUGUUCAAUCUGACGGUCAGAGCCAUCGAUCAAGGGCGACCAAAGCUGUUCUCGGAGACGAGCUUGAUGGUGCUCAUCCUGGAUGUGAACGACAAUCCACCGGAGUUCGCUUCCAAAUUCUACUUUGCCUCCGUCCAUGAAAACGUGUCCGAAGGUGCCGAUGUGGUCCGGGUGUUGGCGACAUCUCGAGAUUCGGGUGUGAAUGCUGAUAUCACCUACAGCAUCAUUGGCGGGAACGAACAUCGCAAAUUUAAGAUCGACCCGAAAUCCGGUGUUCUCAUCGUGACUGGAGAUUUGGAUCACGAAAAGUCAUCCGAAUACUUCCUAACCAUUCAAGCUCAAGAUGGAGGCGAUCCUCCUUUAAGCAACCAUGCCACGGUCAACAUUACAGUGGAGGACGUGAACGACAAUAUGCCGAUGUUUAGUCAAAUCUCCUACGCGGCCUUGAUCAAUGAAGGUGCUUCUGUGGGCGAGACCGUUUUAACCCUGACAGCAAACGAUUUAGACCAAGGAGAAAAUGGACGAAUCUCGUUUUCCAUCGAAUCCGGAGAUCGACACAAUCAGUUCCGAGUGGACGAGCAUAGUGGAGUAAUCAUAGUAAGCAGUCCAUUGGAUCGAGAAAUGGUGCCAAGUUACAUCCUAGAGGUCAAAGCAACGGAUCAUGGCGAGCCAAAACCAAUGAGUAACACCGUUCUCAUCAACAUAGACGUGGCUGAUGCCAAUGACAAUCCACCCAUCUUCCCCGAAGGCAACUAUACCGUGCACGUGCAAGAGGAUCGACCCAUAGGCCAUGUUUUGAAGCUGUUCACCGUCACAGAUUCAGACGACGAACCCAACGGAGCUCCAUUCACAUAUGACAUUCGAGCAGGAAACCAUGACAACUCAUUUCGGGUGGACCAGGACGGAGCGUUGAAAACGGCCACAAAGUUUGACCACAAAAUAAAAAGCAAGUAUUUCCUUCAGAUCCGGGUGUUUGAUAACGGAGCGCCGCCAUUAUUCUCCGACUCUUACGUCACCGUCAACAUCAUCGAGGAGAGCAAGUUCCCGCCCAUUGUUGUUCCAUUCGACGCUAUGAUUCAAUCCUAUCAAGAUGACUUCCCCGGAGCCGUUAUCGGAAAGGUGAAAGCCUCCGAUCAAGACCCAUUUGAUCAGCUCCAAUACCAACUCGUUCCCACCUACAGCCUAUUCAAUCUGCCGCCACAAUCGCAUUUGUUCGAGAUCGAUCAUAACAAAGGAACGAUCAUGGCCUUGCAAGGCCUAGAUGUGGGUAGUUACAGUCUGAACAUUUCAGUGUCCGAUGGGAAAUUCACCACCUACGCCCAAGCCCGAGUUUUGGUCCAUCUGAUCUCGGAUGAAAUGUUGGAUAAUUCCGUACUUGUACGAUUUGGCUCAGUGUCAGCGGAGGAAUUCGUUAAUAGCUAUGAGGGCACUUUUGUGAAGAUGAUCAAGACCUUAAUGAAAGUGAGAACAAAGGACGUCAUCAUUUUGAGCCUUCAGUCCGGCCUUUCCUCAUCCAACCGAGCACAACGAUCUGCUUCAUUGCCUCCUCUGGAAGUGGUCGAAGAGAGUAAAGACAUGAAGAAAGACUCAGAGAAAAAACUCGCUUGGAGGCUCAAUGCCAACAAUUUAGAGGUUCUCUUUGUAGUGAAGAAAUCUAAGCGCGAUUACUAUUCAAGAGAGAAAGUCCGCUCGGCCCUGGAACAAGCCAAAUUGUCUUCGCUGUCUGAGCAAGUGGGACUUCGAUUAGUGGAAAUUCAGCAAGAUGAAUGUGAACCCACAAGUUGUGAGAAUGGAUCAUGCCAAGAUCAAAUCGUGAUGAACGAUGGCAAGCUAGGAGAAGACCGUGUGGUUGCCAUUUCGACGGAUGAAGCAAGUUUUGUGGCACCCAAAUUUAAACAUCAAAAGUUUUGUGCUUGCAAGCAGGGCUUUGCUGGGGAUCAAUGUGAGAUCAUCAUGAACGAAUGCGCUCGAGAACCUUGCCCGACGUUCCAAGAAUGCAUCCCCGACAGUUCAUUCCAGGGUUACUCUUGUCAAUGUCCCGAAGGCCUCACUGGGGCUUUGUGCAACGUGAACCUCACUGCCUGUGCAACAUCUGAGGGCAAAAAAUGCCGUAUUGUCAAUCCAAUGACAUUUGGUGGCAAAAGCUACGCCCAAUAUGACAUGCUCCGCUCAAUUGAACGGCAUCUCUCCCUUGGACUGAAUUUGAAAACCCUUCAUGGAACCGGGAACAUCAUGUACGCAGUGGGCUUGGUGGAUUAAAGCGUUUUGGAAAUUGUCAAUGGCAAAAUUCGAUAUCGCUUCAACUUCGGAAGUGGUGAAGGCCUAGUCACACUAAGUGGAAUGGAAAUCGACGACGGUGAAUGGCACACAAUUAAGUUGGAACGACAUGGAAAUAGUGCUAAGAUAUCAGUGGACGAUCAGUUCGAAGAGCAAGGUGCUGCCCCAGGGGUGAACGACAUGUUGAACCUGGAGGACUCCGACGUCUAUUUUGGUGCCGAAGUCUCGUUUGUGUCUCAAACGGGCGGAGGCGGGGCUGAGACCUUCAAUAAAGGUUUCGUUGGAUGCAUGGAUGAUAUUCGCUUGGAUGGAAUUGCACUCCCGGUGCAAUUGACAGAUCACAGUCAAGUGGCCAAUUUGAGACGAUUCAAUAACGUCGAGUUCAAAUGCGGUCCGCUUUCGUCCCCUGGAGUGUGUGGAUCGCAGCCAUGUCUCAAUGGGGGUACUUGUUCGGAGCAAAAUGGCGAAUUCCAAUGUGCUUGUCCCGUUCGAUUCCAGGGUGACCAGUGUGACUAUGACCUGGAUCCCUGUGCUUCUAACCCAUGUCUUUACGGUGCGAAAUGCCUAAAUCUUAAGAACGAUUUCCAUUGUGAGUGCCCCCUCUCUUUGAGUGGCAAGCGGUGUCAUUAUGGAAAAUAUUGCAAUCCCAAUCCUUGCCAACAUGGGGGAAUUUGUGAGGAAGGUACUCGAAGUGCCAUCUGCAAGUGUCGCGGAUACAUGGGCGAGAAUUGUACGAUCGAUAUCAAUGAGUGUCUCCAUCAAAAUCCCUGUCAAAAUGGCGGGAGCUGUAUCAACACUGAGGGUGGAUUCCAAUGCCUCUGCCCAAAAUCCGUCAGAGGUCUGUACUGCAAUGAGAACGAAGCUUUAUUUCCCAGACUCCAUGAGGCCAAUGCACGGGACAAUUACACCUUGAAACUGGAAGAAGUGGUGGCCAUCAUCUGUUCGCUGUUUCUCAUCGUGCUACUCUUCAUGAUCUUAAUACUAUGUAAAAAGAUCAAAAUCAAGCAAACCUCCAAUGGCGGAGGCGUCAUCACGGGUGGCCGCAACGGUGCCAGCUACCACUUGAAGGACAACCAAGAAAAUGUCACGUUGAACCAUAAUCGUGCCGGAACUGUUUAUUCCAAAAGAGAGCAGAAGCUGAACAACUUGGAGCAAGCUCAGCAAGAGUUACCCCUACUUCCACCCCACGCCCUAAUGACAAGACCCGCCAGUUAUUACGCCCCUUCAUUGGGUCAGGAAGAAACAUCAUUUAACUAUGAGGCCCCAGUAAGAAGUUAUGGAUCUGCGGCCGAUGAACUCGAAGCCACUUUGCAAAGACCAAGACGACCUCAAGAUUUUAUUCAAAACAUACAAAAGCCCACUGCAGCUGUGGCUCCCUCCAUUCAUCCUGAAUUGGUACGAGGAGCCACAGGAGUGGAUCGAAACCUCAUGGAUAACUACUUUCACAAAAGUAAAACUGACAUGCGACAUCCUUCCGGGAAAUUGAGAGUCCAUCUUCCGGUCGAAUCCCCGUCUCCUGCCGUGAAAGGAGCGGCCUCCCUGAGCUCACUACCCACCUCCAUGGCCGACGAGACUGCCUCUCAAAGGUAUUAUUGGGACAGUUUUGACCUGAACAACGAACAGCACACCCCACUGCCCAAGUUAUCCGAAGUCCCAGGCCGUGUGGAACAGAGUGAAAGUUGUGGAAGUAGCUCGACCUCCAAUGACAUCACGUUGAGCGCUCAUCAAGUGAGCACGCUUCCUCCUCCCGGAAAACCCGUGGACCCCAGCCGAGACAUCGAGACCUUAAAUGAGGAUGCUCAAUCUAUGGAUCCUGAUGCGAUUUCAACCGCUGGGACCGAAGAUGGACGUCAGUUAGGGUCCGUGUUCCCCGUCCGACAACCAAUGACCAAAAGUAUGGAGGAGCUCUUGGCCGCUAAUGAUGACAUCGAUUUUGCGGAUGGUGCCGAUGACUUAUCACCAAAUGCACAGGAACUGCCCAACAGUUACGAUUACCACCUGCACCUGAAUAAUUACCUGCCCGCUCAUAAUGUGAGCGAAACCGAUACAGAUGAGCAAACGCCCAUGUUGUCCCGGAAUCCCUUUCCGCGACCCAACGUCAAUAGCUAUAUUCUAUCACACAAUCUGAAUGCCAAUGGUUCAGAGACCAACUCCGACAUGAACGGGUCCAUACAAGCCCUACCUGAACCUCCGGCAGCAACGUUCUCGAGUGGACCCCUAGCCAAGUCUUUGUCGAAAGAAGGCAGUGGAAGAUCAAACGCUUCGAAUCCGCCUCCAAUGAAUAAUGGUGGUAGUGAAUUGGACAACAUUUGUGAGCUUGAGGACUCUGAUGAUGACGAGCCUCCUGUGGUGGAUGUGAAGCCAAUGAAACUACUCAAAAAUCCACGUGUUACAAGGGUCUAAACACUCUGACCCUGAAGAACUUCCUUUCUAAGAUGAAAACAAAUCCUGUCAGACAAUGAAGAAGAAUUGAAAGAAGGAAGAUCAAUCAAUGCAAAAUUCGAUAAUCCCACAAGUUUAGUUUUAUACGCCUCACAUUAUUAGACUUCAAUGAUCUCAAUAUUAUCACAUAAUAAAUGUUAGGAUUAAAAAAAGAUCAACGAA